UCCACCAACAAGUCAAGAUGAAGAUUACCUUUGCAAUUCUAGGAUUUUUCGUGGCUCUUUUCUGCAGCCCGAUGAAUGCUUCGAGUGCAACGAAUUGUACCAUCCAAGUGAUAUAUAACCAAUCCAAAUUCUUUUGUGAUUACUUCAAACCCCUUAAUGUGAAUUUCUGCACCGGCUUUACUACCAGUAUCAGCAACCAAAACAUUGAAGCAUUCCUGGCAACGCAAGAAAAAAUAUUCUGUUCUCUUCCGUUCAUUCCGUUCAUUGGCUAUAUCUGCGAUGUAUGCAAUUUUUCUACAAUUUUUUCACAAAAUGAGAAUAUUACGAUUGCAACCGGAAACUCAACUACAGGCUCCACACGGAUUUUGGGAGUUCCUACUUUGAUUGCUGGAGGACCCGCUUAAACCAUGCGAUAAGGAAAUGUACCAGCCAAUAAACCGAACCAGAAUAUUGAAUUUAUAUUAUUGCAACUAAUUCCUUUUUGCUUGCACUUUGGCAUGCCAAGCCCUAAAUAAAUUCCCCAAGCAUUGCAAAAUA